CAGCUGGACUUACUCCUCUUUAUCGGGACCAAAGUGACUCCGUGAGGCGAAGCUGCAGCAGCUCCACCGAAGAAACGCCGCGAAUAGAAGCAAACGGGCGGAGGACGAAGACGAAGCGACACGGUUGCCUUGACAACAGACUCUUCCUGUGACGACCCUGUGUGAAUAAAGCUUCACCUGCCCCUUCUGCUGUGAUGUCCUCCGCUGAGUCGAGUGGUGAUGGAGGGAAGUGGCUGGACGCUCACUACGACCCGGUGGCCGGCAUCUACAGCUUCUCGUCCUGCCUGGACCUGGCAGACCUGAGCGGGGACGGGGAGAACCGGCUGGUGGUCGGGGAUCUGGGCUCCGGGUCGUCAGGGAUGAAGCUGAAGGUGUACCGCGGCACGGCGCUGAUGAGCGAGAGCACGCUGCUGGACCUGCCCGCUGGCCUCGUCGCCUUCUUCAUGGACCUGCACGAGCCCCGUAUCCCCGCUGUCGCCGUGGCCUCUGGACCCUGCAUCUACGUCUACAAGAACCUGCGGCCAUAUUUCAAGUUCACCCUGCCUGGCCUGGAGAUCAACACACUGGAGCAGGAUGUGUGGCAGCAGGUGAGGGAUGGGCAGAUCGACCCUCUGACCCUGAAGGAGAUGUUGGAGAGCAUCAGGAAGAAGGCUGAUGUUCCGCUGUCAGUCCGCUCGCUCAACUUCCUGUCUCUGGAGCUCCACGAGAUGGACGAGUUCGUUGAACUGCACAAACACCAGCCGAUCAAGCGCCAGACGGUCAUCACCUGCAUCGGGACUCUGAAGAAGAACAUGGCAGAUGAGGACGGCGUGAGCUGUCUGGUGAUCGGGACGGAGAGCGGCGAGGUCUUCAUCCUUGACCCCGAAGCUUUCAUCAUCCUCUCCAAGAUGUCGCUGCCGGCCGUCCCCACCAUCAUGGAUGUGACGGGUCAGUUCGACGUGGAGUUUCGGAUCACGGCGGUGUGUCGCAACGGCAACAUCUAUAUCCUGCGCAGGGAGUCGGACAAACCCAAGUACUGCAUCGAGCUGUCGUCUCACGCCGUCGGCCUGGUGAGAGUCGGGAAGAACGUGGUGGUCGGCUGCACUGACGAGACCCUGCAGGGCUUCACACAGAAGGGGAAGAAGCUUUGGAAGACCGUGCUCGCCGCGCCGAUCACCACCAUGGCCUCCAUGGACCUCCCCACCAGGGGCUUCCAGGCGGUUCUGGUGGGUCUGUCCAACUGUGAGGUGCAGCUGUACCGGGACAAGAACCUGCUGAGCACUAUCAAGACCCCCGACGUGGUCACCAGCAUCUGCUUCGGCCGCUACGGCCGCGAGGACGGGACCCUCAUUGUGACCACCAAGGGCGGUGGUCUGAUGGUGAAGAUCCUGAAGAGGACAGCGACGUUCGACGACAGGGACAGCGCCCCCGGCCCGCCAUUGGCCCAAAGCGUUCGCCUCAACGUGCCCAAGAAGACGAAGCUGUACGUGGACCAGACGCUGAGAGAGCGGGAGAGCGGCCUGGCUAUGCACCGCGCUUUCCAGAUGGACCUGAGCCGCCUGCGGCUGGCCGCCGCCAAAGCUUAUGUCAAAGCGCUGGAGUCCAGCCUGACGCCGAUGUCCGCCAGCCUCGCUGAGCCGCUCAAGAUGAACGCCGUGGUGCAGGGUCUGGGCCCGUCCUUCAAACUGACCCUGAACGUCCAGAACACGGCGGCGUGCCGGCCCAUCAUGAACCUCGCCAUCAGCUUCCUGUACGACGAGAGCCUGUACCGGAUGAGGAACCCCUACAUGAGGAUCCCGCUGCUCGUGCCCGGGCUCAUCUACCCCGUGGAGACCUUCGUCGAGUGCACCAGCGACAAGGGCAUCUCUGACAUCAUCAAGGUGUUCGUCCUGCAUGAGGGGAGGAGCUCGCCACUGCUCACUGCCCACAUCAACAUGCCCGUGAGCGAGGGGCUGACGCUCAACUGACCACAUGAAAGCACUCGUCAUCCAGGCUGGCGGAUGCGCAGAUGUGAGGUCAUCGCUACAUUUCCCAGUUAUUCAUUCUUCGUUUGUUUUCAUCGUUUUAUCCAGAAAGACUUUCACUGGUCUCGCUGUCCCAUUUACGCUAAUAACACUAAUUUAUUAGAUUCAGAAACGCUAACCUUUGUCAUGUGACCAAGAAACUCAGACACGUCAGCCCGUCUCCUCUUAGAAGUGUGGGAAUAAAUGAGCUGCUGACCAAACUGUGUGCGCGCAUGUGUGUGUGUGUGUGUGUGUGCAUGCGUGCGUGUGUGUGUGUGUGCGUGCGCGCGCGUGUGUGUGUG